ACACGAUACAAUAGUGUGGAUUUCGGUAUGAUAGGAGGACGCUGAUAAAUGGCCUUCAUCCCCCGUCUGUUUCUACGGUAGUAGACAAGCUAGUCUUACCUUGGUUGUCUUUCGCCAUUGAUUUCCCACGCUUCUCUGUACCGUUGGGGUAAUAUUGCCUGUUCUCUUCCUGCCGGCUCCGUUGAAUUGUCUCUCGUUCUCGACAAACCGCCGGUAUGCGUUUCUCUUCCGUUACGGCAGCUGGGCUGCUCGCACUUCCCAGCGUCAGCGCCAACCUUCAUGAGCUCGCCGUGGCUGCCGGCAAGAAAUACUUUGGCUCCGCCACGGACAACGGGGAGCUCACUGACACCGCCUACGUCAACAUCCUCAAGAACAACAAGAUGUUUGGCCAGAUUACACCCGGGAAUGGCCAGAAGUGGCAGUUUACCGAGCCGAGCCAAGGCUCCUUCUCAUACACCGGCGGCGACCAGAUCACAGACUUCGCCAAGAACAACGGCCAGCUCAUCCGCUGCCACACCCUCGUGUGGCACUCCCAGCUUCCGGACUGGGUCUCUUCGGGAACCUGGACCGAGGAACAGCUGACCAGCAUCAUUGAGACGCACAUCUCCAACGUCGCCGGCCAUUACAAGGGCCAGUGCUAUGCCUGGGACGUCGUCAACGAAGCCCUCGAAGAGGACGGCACGUACCGUGACAGCGUCUUCCACAAGGUCCUCGGCACCGACUUCAUACCCAUUUCGUUCAAGGCCGCCGCCGCAGCCGACGCGGGUGCCAAGCUUUACUACAACGACUACAACAUCGAGCUACCCGGUGGCAAGCAGAAGGAGGUCCUCAAUAUCAUCAAGAACAUCAAGGCCGCAGGCGCCCGUAUCGACGGUCUCGGCCUUCAGGCCCAUCUCAUCGUCGGCAGCGCCGGCUCCCGCUCGGAUCUGAAAUCCGUCCUCCAGUCUUACGUUGACGCCGGUGUCACCGAGGUCGCCUACACUGAGCUCGACAUCCGCCACUCCUCCGUCCCCGCCAACGCCGCCGCCCAGCAGCAGCAGGCCCAAGACUAUGUCAACGUUGUCGGUGCCUGCUUAGACGUCGCCGAGUGUGUUGGUAUCACCAUCUGGGACUACACCGACAAGUACUCCUGGAUCCCAUCCGUUUUCCCGGGCAGCGGCGAAGCCCUCCCCUGGGACAAGGACCUCAACCCCAAGCCCGCAUACACCAGCAUCUCCAGUCUUCUCGCUGCCGCUGCUACGUCUGCCCCUGUUGCUUCCGUUUCACCUAUCGCUAAUACCACUUUGCCCAUCGCCCCGGCAACGACAACCGAGGCUACUGCCCCUGCUACUACUCCUGCCCCUGGUACUGCCGCCCGUUGGGCUCAGUGCGGCGGAUUGGAAUUCACCGGUACUAGCACCUGCGAGACUGGCCUUGUCUGUGAGAAGUUGAAUGACUAUUACAGCCAGUGUGUUUAAAAGAUAGCUACAGUGGUUCAUGGGAGAGGCCACUGAGGUACUGGCGGAACUGCUUCGGGUGGUGUUUCGAGGAGAAGGUGAUGACAUUCGUGUACAUAGCCUCAGUUGAUGAAAACAUAAAUUGUCUAUUACUUGUUAAA